GUCCCUAAAGACCCAGCACAGAGACGGAUUCGGGAACUCACCACGUUGAGCAAGCAGCUGCAGAAGGUCCACCCCAACGUCCUGGCCAAAAUCCUGAAGCAGGAAACCUUCUACCAAAACGAGGAGAUCGUGGCAAUCAACAAACCCUACGGCCUUCCCGUGCACGGUGGCCCAGGGGUCAAGAACUGUAUCGCCGACGUGCUGCCCAUUUUGGCCAAGAUGUUGGAGAACAUGAGAGCUGAACCCCUGCACCUCUGCCACCGGCUGGACAAAGAGACCACGGGCGUGAUGGUGCUGGCGCGGAGCAAGGAGGCGGCCGAGAGGAUCCGCCUGCUCUUCAAGACCCGUCAGGUGGAGAAGACCUACUGGGCAAUUAGCCUGGGCGAGCCAGAGCCCACCGAGGGCAUCGUGGAGAUCCCCAUCCUGGAGAAGGAGGUGAAGAGCCACCAGUCGCACUACAAGGUGAGCCCCUCGACCUUGGCCCCCACCUCCCGCCUGUCCCCGGGGGACGGCCGGGCGGUGAGGGUGCGGAAGAACCGCCGCGCCGAGAGCGCGGUGACGCGGUACCGCCGCCUGGCCAGCUCCUCCUGCUGCUCCCUGCUCGAGCUCCAGCCCAUCACCGGGGUGAAGCAUCAGAUCCGGGUCCACCUGGCCUACGGGUUGGGGUGUCCCAUCUUGGGGGAUCAUAAAUACUCACACUGGAGCAAGCUGGCACCACAGAAGCUUCCUGAGAUCACCUUGAAGAGGUUGAAGCUGAAGCAGAGCAAAGCUCGGCACCUUCCCCUCCAUCUCCACGCCCACCGGCUCUCCCUGCCCCUGGGAGAGAGGUUGGACCUGGUCUGCAAGCCACCCCUCUUCUUCCUAAAGACUCUGAGGAGGCUGGAGCUGGACACCCCCUCCAAGAAGCAAAACCAAAACCAUGACAAAAAGGGGUUCCAGGGGCAACAAA